AAUAAACGAUUCAGUUACGUUUCACGAUGUCACGAUGUGACUUCAUGAAGGCCACUGUAGGAAUCGCUUUAGUGAAGGGAUUCAAAAGAUUCGAGUCACUGAUGAAUCAAAACUCCUCACCGCUCCAGUCACACGCGGCCCCUCCCUCCGCCUAGGAGUUCUGCGAGGCGCGUCACUCCGGCCCCGCCCCCAACGCAAACUCAGUUCUUCGCGUUCAUUUCAUUCUUGCCCUCAUUCCGCGCAUACUUCACAUCGUUGUUAGAUACGCGGAAUAGUCGCGCUCUCGCGCUCCGACGAGAAGAAAAAAAAGCGAUCAGCUGGAAAUAAACCAGAGCGUGCACUCGAUCCGAUUGCACAGCGUAGGACACAUUUAAAAGACGGAGAUUGUGCAAACAUCCGCAGAGAUUUUCAUCACUUGUGGAGGUUCAGAAAACACUUUUUCCUUCGAUCCGUGCCAGCCAGUUUACCACGAUCUCGUUGUACCAGUCAGUGUGCCGAGAGUUCUCCAGGCUCGGGCUCCGAGAUCCCAGCUGUUGCCAUGGAUCCCAGCAGCUGGAGCGGCAGUGAAAGUGCCGGCGAGGAUAUCGAGAGGAUGAGCGACUCGGCCGAUAAGCCCAUGGACAACGACGCUGAGGGUGUGUGGAGUCCUGACAUUGAGCAGAGUUUCCAGGAGGCCCUGGCCAUCUACCCACCCUGCGGACGACGGAAAAUCAUCCUGUCUGAUGAGGGGAAAAUGUAUGGUCGUAACGAAUUAAUCGCCAGAUACAUCAAACUCAGAACGGGAAAGACACGGACGAGAAAGCAGGUCUCCAGUCAUAUCCAGGUUCUUGCCCGGAGGAAAUCCAGAGAAUUUCACUCCAAGCUAAAGGACCAGACCGUGAAGAAUGAUGCGAUCAACAGGAUGGCGGCCAUGUCUUCAGCGCAGAUCGUCUCGGCCACGGCCAUCCACAGCCGGCUGGGGCUCGUGGGACUCCCUCGACCCACCUUGCCUGGGGCGACAGGGAUUUGGCAAGUGUCAACAGGGCAGCCUGGUUCCUCUCAAGAUGUGAAGCCGUUCACACAGCAGAGUUACCCCAUCCAGACGGCCACAGCCAUAGCAGCUUACGAGUCCCCCACACCCCUGGCAGCCGCAGCGCCAGCGUGGCACGGCCGCUCCAUCGGUACCUCUAAACUGCGGCUGGUGGAGUUCUCCUCCUUCCUGGAGCAUCAGCGGGACCCAGAUUCAUACAACAAGCAUCUGUUUGUGCACAUCAGCCAGACGAAUCAUUCGUACAACGACGCGCUCCUGGAGACAGUGGACAUACGUCAAAUCUACGACAAAUUUCCUGAGAAGAAGGGCGGGCUGAAGGAGCUGUUUGGAAAAGGAGCUCAGAACGCCUUCUUCCUGGUUAAGUUCUGGGCCGACCUCAACUGUAACAUCCUGGAGGAUUCUGGGGCAUUUUACGGCGUAACCAGUCAGUACGAGAGCUCAGAGAACAUGACCAUUACCUGCUCCACAAAGGUCUGCUCUUUCGGGAAACAAGUGGUUGAAAAAGUUGAGACGGAGUAUGCGCGGUUUGAGAACGGCCGCUUUGUGUACAAGAUCAACCGGUCUCCCAUGUGUGAAUACAUGAUCAACUUUAUCCAUAAGCUCAAGCACCUGCCCGAGAAAUACAUGAUGAACAGCGUACUAGAAAACUUUACCAUCCUAUUGGUGGUGACGAACAGGGAAACUCAAGAGACCCUACUGUGCAUAGCCUGUGUGUUCGAGGUCUCCAACAGUGAGCACGGCGCUCAGCAUCAUAUCUACAGACUGGUCAAAGACUGAAGCUCCUCGACUCACACGAGUAACACUACGAGCAGACAGCCAGCGACCCACAGAGAACAGUGGAGACUUUAUAUUCACUGAGGCUUUUAGGCUACACAGCUGACGACCGCCAAGGGCGGCAAAGCCUAAUGGACUAAGAAAACCCUUUGAAUGACUCACGACCUCGUUUUAAGUGGCUGUGCCUCUGUCAGUCCCACCCAGAAGGCUUUUGUCACGUUUUGGGUGAGGUCUGGAACGAAUAAUUACAUUAUAAUUUGUGUAUCUCUUGUGUUUUGGUGUUUAUUUUCAUUAACAUGUUCGUGUGGGUGAAACGGUACGGUUUUGUUACUUUGUUCAGAUGUCUGUUUAACUUGGUUGAUGUUUUAAACCAACAUUAAUGUGUUUUUGAAAGAGCAUUGCUUAUAUAAAAUCGUAUUGUCUUUUUUUUCUGUUGUUCAACCUUUUAUUCUCACACUGAACUAUGUUUCAAAGACUUUGCCCCUGGUAUUUUUUGACCUUUAGUGGAUUUAACUUUAAUGAACGAACAUAAAAAGGUACUGUAUUAUUUAUGUGGAACUACCUGCCUUACACUGCACACGGGCUGUUCCAGUGUGACCCACAGUUAUGUAUAUUAAACACUAAGAAACAAAUCAUUUUCUUUUGAGAAACUUUAAAAACGACAAAAUUCAACCCCAGUUAUUAAUGUGAAUUUUCUUUGCAUUUAAAGCUGAAGUAUGUCAUUUUUUCUGUCUAAAAUCCUGCUAUCCCAGCUAAACAUGCAGAGACUCUUAAAGAAAAUUAUGAAAAUUCCACAUUAGUUUUGAUCGAGCCGGUGUCGACCAAUGGCGUGAGCCGGGGGCGGGGCUACAUGUUCCAUCAAUGACUUAUUCGGAAAGCUGUUUUGAAAAUAUUUAUUUUUGAAAUUCCAUUAGGUGGCGCAAAAAAUUACGUACUUCGGCUUUAAGAAACUUAAUGCGUUAUUUCUUCUCAUAUCAGAACAGGCUACACAAGAAAGGGAAUUUACAUAGCAAAAUCACCAAAGCAUAUCGUGCCUUAGUGUUUAUCAUCGCAGACGUCGUCUAAAUUGUGAGUAAAAGUGGGCUAUGUAACCUCACAUAAAGUAUGUAUUUUGUCCCACAUUUAUUGUCUGUCCAGUCCAAGCGAAGUAGGUCACAUCUCUCUCUUGUACACCAAAUAAACACAUUCUAUCACUUAUGUUCAUGCCAAGUGAAAGCUACAGGUGUUGAAAGUGCCUUUUGUGUGUUUUUCCAGCUCAGAAAAUUGUUGACACCAAAAAAAAACAAAGCGAGUCAGAUUUGGAUUCUUUCACCAUAAUGCCUUUGACAUUUUAAAAGCGGGGAGAAAAAUAAUUAAAACUGAUAGAAAAGCGUUACUGCUCUCUCAUUUUGAUGGAAGGGUAUUUUAAUUUGAGUAGGAAUCAGGUAUUUGUUAUCUACCUUAAGAAAGCAGUUCGUUGUGGUGUCAUGUAUGUAGCGGAAGGGCGAUACGAUUUCAUGAACACAAAGGCAUUAAGUGACUUUAAUCACAAUGACAAGCAGACUGACGAGAGACAGUCCAGUGCUUAAAGAGCCCACAUUACUCUGGGUAAAUCGGAAUCAAACUUAUUUACCACACAAGAUCGUGUUUUGUUUUUGUCUGCCAUGUUUUACACGUUUUGCAGAGUAUCUGUUAGUAAAAAGAGCAUUAAAAGAGAACACUAAUGUAUUUGACGCAGUUCUUGUCUGUCUGUUUUCAGUAAGAGCGCUUGUCUGGAGAGCACUGAAACGUUGAGUUUGGUAGCUUUUUUUUUAAUAGGUGGACUCAUGUCAAAUAAUUGUUUUCAGUUGUGUAUAUUUUCCUUGAGGGGAUGAAAAUGAAAAAAAAAAUAAACUUUUAGUGUUUGUAC